CGGACAUGGUUUGAUAUCCAUACACAACUACCAAAUACUGUCUGGGAGAGGACUAGCUAGCUAAUAACAACAUAAUAUAGAACAUCGGUUUGAAGGCUGUAAUUAAAUACAUGAACAUAUUAAUGCAAUCAGAAAUGUGGAUUAAUCAGGGAAUGCGAGGAAAUAUAGGACAAUGGGAUCUCACCUAAUGGAAUGAACCAGUUUGAUCAUAUGAAGCGAGUUGUUUGGAAAGCCACGACGAAUCGAAUGGACUGUCUUUCCAUAAAGAAAUGAAUGCGAGUUGAAUGAACACAUUGUUACGAAUAGGGCACUGGACAUAUUAUUACAUUCAAGAAGGAUAACUGGCCUCAGUCGCAGCGUUUCAGAUUCUACCUUGCGAAUGUAUUUGAGUGGCAGGCUAAUUCUUUAGCUUCAGCUAGACCCCUGUCGCGUCAGCGUCAUAGACGACGGAACGCGCUUGUGCCCAGUCACAGAGCGUAGGUGAUGUCGCGGAUGGCAUUCGGCCUCUAUCAGAAUAACUAGGUACUUGGAGAUUGCCUGUGAAAACAUGAGGAAGGUGCUCAGAGCAGUCUCUGAACGGAAUAAGCUCCCCACUAGCUGACGUGAGGAGUUGAAACGUGGCAGGCGGCAGCACUGUGGAACUCUGCGGAAGAAAUUUGAAGAACAAAGGAGAUGGUCACCCUGCUGUGACCUAAUUGGACCGCCGGAGAGGACACGGACGCGCUCGAGCCGUCUGCAGUCAUGAGUCUCCGCACCCCCACCUCAACACUGGACAGCCCUUUUGCUGCUUGGCUAAGCAGCCUGACGAUAGGAGACUCGGAGCGCAACACCUCCAGCGGCCAGCAGAGGGAGCCUCCAGCUGACAUCCCCCCUGAGAACACAGCUCCAGGUCUGGUUCAGAGAUGUGUGGUGGUACAGAAAGACCAGCUGGGGUUUGGCUUCACUGUGUGUGGCGAGAGGAUCAAGCUGGUGCAGAAUGUCCGACCAGGUGGUGCAGCAGUCAAGGCAGGGGUCCACGAGGGAGACAGAAUCAUAAAGGUGAACGGCUCGCUGGUGUCGUCCAUGUCUCACCAGGAGGUGGUGAAGCUCAUCAAGUCUGGGCCGUAUGUUGCCCUGACACUUCAAGGACCGCCCCCUUCAGCAGCCGCCCUCGUCCUACAACCCCUCCCCGCUGACCUCUUACCCAAUCAGAGGACGUCACUGGGAGGUGAAGCCCCGCCACCACCACCUCCACCCCUGCCCCCCGGACUUACCAGCACCCCCUCCCAAAGAAUCAACAAACCACUACAGAACCUAGAUGUACAGAAACACGCCACUCAGAUCCUCAGGAACAUGUUGGAACAGGGAGAGGCUGAGCUCCAGGACUUGAUGGAGGAGCUGUCACGGAACCCCUCCCCAUCACUGGAGGAGCGAAUCGAUAGUGCCAAGAGGCGCACCCAACAAGUGCGGGUUAAAAUCAAGCAAGAUCUGGAUGGAACUCGCCCCGAAGCUGUGUCCAACUAUGUAAUAGCAGGAGAUGCUCGGCUGUCGGUGGACUCAAGUGAAGGAGACUUUGAGACCUGUGAGAGCCCCCACUCCUCCCCCUCCUUCUUCAGGACCCCCCUACGCUGGAGACAGGGCUCCGACACACACACCUUCUCUGACUCGGCUGGGAAGACUCAGAUCAUUGGCCCCGAGGAAGAGGAGGAAGAGGACGACAGCUAUGCACUCAAUGAGAUGGACGGUCCAUUUCAGGACAUAGAGCUUCUCAAGUCGAGACCGGCCCAUAUGACGGUGUUCAUGAGAUAUGUCUUCAGCCAGCUACUGGAUCCCAACCCACUGCUGUUCUACCUGUCGGUGGAGGCCUACCUGGGAUCCAGCCCUAAAGACGCCCGUGUCCUCGCGCCUCAGAUCUGCUCCCACUUCCUGGACCCUGAUGCUCCGUUAAAAAUCAGAGUACGAGAAGAGUACCUGGCUGAUAUAGAGAGUCGUCUCCAUGCCCAGGAGGACAUCAGGGGACCUCUGUCUGAGCUCCAACAGCAGGUGCUGCCUGACAUUCAGGACCAAAUACAGGACUACAGGAACAAGCAGAUGAUGGGUCUGGGCUCUCUGUUUGGAGAGGGAGACCUGCAGCAGCUGGAUGGAGACCCAGCCAAGGAGAAACAGGUGGUGGACAGACAGGUCACUGCUCUCUGGGAGAUACUCUCGAAGCACGAAGACGACAGAAGUUCUCCUCUAGCCUCUGCGGUGCUGUUGUACCUCCGUCACUCGGGCAUUAAGCUGAGGGACUCCAGGGUGUUUCCAGGACUCAGCACUGAGAAGGAGAAGUGGCUCUCCUUUUUCCCCAAGACCAAGAAGCUGAGCAGUGCAAAGAAAGAGAAGGAUGGAGAGGACAGGAAGAGAAACCCCAUCCUGAAGUAUAUCGGCAAGCCCAGGAGCACCUCCCAGUCCACGUUCCAUGUCCCCUUGUCUCCAACUGAAGUGCGUCCUGGCAGUGUGAGGAACAUCAUCCAGCAGUUUGAGAACCACCCAGAGAUCCCCGGGGAGGAGGGGGACGAGGGAGACCUCCAGAGACUGUCCUCCAGCAGCCUGGGAGAGGACAGUAUGGACAGCCCUAUGGUGUCGGUGCGUCUGGCUCGUAGUGAGUCUCUGAAGGCGCAGGGGGAGGGGCGUCGGCGGAGCGGGGCUUCAGGAGUGGAGACAGUCCCUCGUUCCCGUAGCGACGUGGACAUGGAGGACUGUGGGGAGGAGAUAGAGGGGCCGGGCCUGAGACCCCUACACCACAGCGCCUCCUCCUCAGCCACCAGUAGCUCAGCACGAUCCUUGGAGAACCCCACGCCUCCAUACACCCCUCGGUCGUCUAGACGACAGUUUGAGGAGUCCCCGGUGGCCCUGCUCCCUGAUGCCCCAGCCCUAGAGGACGACAUGGUGGACAGUCACAACUGGCAAGAGACAGUGGCCCCUCAGGUCCUGGCUACACUCUGUCCCCGAGAGGUGGACCGACAGGCUGUCAUUUACGAGUUGUUGACGACAGAGGCGUCUCACCUGCGUACUCUCAGGGUCUUGGAUCGGGUGUUUUUCCAGAAGAUGAGGUGUGUUCUGAGCUCUGACGAGCUGGCCUGCAUCUUCCCCAACCUGCCUCAGGUCUACCAACUACAUGUGAGCCUGUGUGAAGCCAUGAAGAAGAAAAGGGAAUCUCCCAUCGUUCAGGGCAUCGGUGACAUCAUGCUGGCCAGGUUUGAGGGCGUGGCGGGGGAGGAGUUUCAGGAGCAGGUGUCCCACCUGUGCAGCCAGCAGUCUCAGGCUCUGGAACUCAUUAAGAACAAGCAGCGCAAAGACCCCCGCUUCACACACAUCAUCCAGGAGUGUGAGGCCAGUCCUCACUGUAGGAGGCUGCAGCUGAAGGACCUGCUGGUGUCUGAGACACAGAGACUCACCAAGUACCCUCUGUUACUGGACAACAUCAUCAAACACACAGAGGCUGGCUCCACAGACCUCCCGCCUCUCCAACGUGCACAGGCCUGCUGCCGCGGGAUUCUGCAGGCCGUCAAUGAAGUCGUCAGGGAGACUGAACACCGGCAACGACUCAACCAAUACCAGCGCAGGCUGGACCCCACGCCACAGUUCAAGAGUCUGGACCUGACCAGUAAGACAAUGAUCCAUGAGGGUCCUCUCACCUGGAAAGUCAAUAAAGACAAAACUUUAGAGAUCCAGGCCCUGCUGCUAUCAGACCUGCUGGUUCUGCUCCAGAGAGGUCCAGACGACCGGCUGCUACUGCGCUGCCCGUCCCGCUGGCUGGGGGGAGGAGGAGGUGGUAGCGGGGACACCAAGGCCUCCUUCAGCCCCGUGGUCCAGCUAGACUCCCUCCUGGUGCGCUCUGUGGCCACAGACAACAAGGCCCUGUACGUCAUCAGCACCACAGAGAGAAAGAUCUAUGAACUGGUAGCGGGGACGUCCUCAGAGAAAAACAUCUGGAAGGACCAACUUGAAAAGACCAUCUCAUUGGUUGCUGGCUCCUCACCUUCGACCAAUAACAGAUCCACACCUAUUUUCUCCCCAAGUCUUGGCAACGCUUCCCCUGUCUCAACUGGCAGCCAUGUCUAUCAAUCAGACGACUCGAUGACGGAGCAGGUGGUUUUCAUGGAGACGGACUCCCCUAACGAUGAUAAUGAGCUCGCACGCACCACACCAACGGACCAAUCAGGAGCUUUCUUCUGCGGGGAGGGGCAGGACUACGUCAAGCGACGAAUUGGAGUAGCAGAGGCAGCUCUUGAAGACGUGGAGACGCUAAGGCAGCUGAUUUUCCGCGACCUGGAAGAUGGGUGGAGUCACGGCUCAGAUGGCACGCCCACAAACGAGGCAGCCAAUGAGAGGAGCCCGUUCAAUGACCACCAGAGGCCGCCGUCCUCUGAGACUCUCCUUAGCGUCAGUCCCAGCCAAUGGGAGGCUGAGCACGCAGAAGCCCCGCCCUCGGAGGUGGAGUGCCCCAGUGUGCAUGUUGUGAGGAAAGCUGUGGUUGCGGGCUCCCCUUCUAUCCCCGAUGACAUCACUGAAGAUGUCACCCUCCACUCUGACCAAUCACCUGAGCCGAGAGGCGAGGCCAGUGUACGGGGAAACGUGUUCUACCUGGUGAUGCCUACAGAGCAGGGAGAGGGACUGCUGGACGAGAGUCACACAGAUGAGGUCAACGACCCCUCCACCCCGACCACCACUGAACUUCCUGAUCUGGAACAGGAAGUGAUUUCAUCGCCCGUACAGACUCAUGAGAAAGAAGGGCAGGUCGCUUCCAUCAUGUCUGCGGACAAUCAAUCGGAGAGGGGAAAUCUGAGUCGGCAGGAAGGGCAGAGUCCAUCACAAAAGAGCCUCCAGAGCCAUAUAAUCAAAAACGUGGACGACAUUUUCCACACCAUCGAGGAGUUGAUGAGAAAGCUGCACCAGCUGAGGGACAUAGAGACAGCUCAUCACCAGCUCCUGAAAACACUGAGAGAGCCGCCUGUCAAUCCAGAGUCUGGUGACCUCUUUCAUAUCCAGGCAACCGUCGUCAGGACACCGUUUCUGGACCGGGACCCAGGGGACGGAAAGGAGGCGAGCCCAGCAGAGCCAGCCAAGCUGAAGAUCCUCUCCACUGGAUUCUAACGUUGUCAUUUCAGCGAGGACUUAACAGACUUACUCCCACCCUGCCGUAGACAUACGCACACACACACUGAUGGACUGGGACCCCAACCUUUACCCCCUCUCACACCCCUCACCAUCAGCCCAAUCCCAGCACGCACUGCUCAUGGGAGCAGAAUCCAGGAAGUACCGGGAUGUCGUUGGCGUUGCCCUGGGAGACCAGGAAUUGAUGCAGGACUGAUGCCCCUGACACCCAAGGGGCUGCCCCCAGCAUGGAGUUAGGGUGAACUCUGACCUCUGCGGAGCAGGAAAGAGUCCUGGGACGAGAGGAUGGACAGAUGAAGGGGGGAAAUGGAGAGAAGCAGUGAUGAAACAGUUGUGUGAAGAAGCAAAGAGAGUACAAGAAGUGAGAGGAAUCUAAAUUGAGUAAUGUCAAGGAUAAAAUGUUGAAUGAAAUGAAUAAGGUUGGCUACAUUGGAAGGAGAAGUUAGUAUACUUUGAAAAGAACACUGGGUUCAAAGGGAGAGAGUUGAGAAGUGACUGAUGUUUUGACAAAAUAACGACUGGACAACUGAAGGAACCCGGCACUUUACCCACAAUGCAUCCUCUGUCAUGUAUCCAUACGCCAAAGCUGAUUGGAUUGGUGAGGGAUAGGACACUGGACAGAUCACCGGCUCUAUUGGGAGUCAAAGCUGCACCUAGUUUGAGCCAAGAUGGCAGUUCUCUACCGCUGGUUGCUUUACAGUAUGCCUGCCAUGGAGGCUGAUCGAAGGACUGUCUAUAUAGCUAUAUAUAUUCAGGUUUAUUGCACUGGGCCAAGAGGAAGGAAGGAAGGAGUAAAGAGAUCACAACAUGCACAGUCCUCAUUCAUCCAUAAAAUCAUUCAUGUUAUGUGAUACAUAUGUUUGAUAAUCACACAGGAGAGAAGUGCCAUGAAGGAAGAGGUGUGUUGUUGUUAAGGGAUAACCAAGAUGGCGGUCGGUCAGUCAUUCUGACGUAUGCAGCAAGUCCUGCAUGUAUGUACAGCUGCUAAGCUACGGGAUGGGUUGUCUGUAGCGACAACAUCUUCCCGGUGACCUCAGUAACGCGCCACUGGACUGUUCUCUACUGAAUGGCUGUUGUCUCGUCUGCAGCGCUACUCCUAGACAUACAGCGAUGACCACUACGAAAAAGGAUACAUGUUCAAUGAAUGCACAGAUGUCUAUCAUGUCGUCAUCGUUUCCUAAAGAACGCUCUACUGUAUUGUGUGUGUAAUACUGUGAAUCCCCUCUAUACUACUAUACCAUGACUACUGUUUGCUGUACUGGCACAAAAAAACAUGAAGGGAUUUUCCUUCAUACAGAGUGACAUAGGUUUGGACUGAAAGACACCUUUUGCACAGAUGACUUGUAUUCAUUGGGAGAGGAAGUCUGUUAACCCUCUAAGUGUGUGGUCAGCGUACGGUAUGUGUGUGUGUGUGGUCAGCGUACGAUAUGUCUGUGUGACACUACAGUGUGUGUGUGUGGUCAGCAUACGAUAUGUCUGUGUGACUACAGUGUGUGUGUUUGUGUGUGGUCAGUGUACGAUAUGUCUGUGUGACACUACAGUGUGUGUGUGUGUGUGUGGUCAGCGUACGAUAUGUCUGUGUAACACUACAGUGCGUGUUGGGGCUCCAGAGGGGAUGCAGAUUUUUUAUUUACCUUGGCAUGGUUUACGAUUCCAGACUCUUACUUUCAUUCUGUCUCUUAGCUCGACAUUCGUUUACCCACUCUUUUGAGUAAGUUCUUUUUCUUCUGGUCUUUUGUCUUGUGUUUUUCCUACAUUUCUGUCUUGAGUUCUCUAACCAUCUCUCUUGUUUAGAGGUUAGAACUGAUGGUUCCUCCCUUUGUCAAACCGCUGCACAACAAACUAGGGCAUGCAUACACAUGUCUUUAAUGAUCCCUUUCUCUUUUAAUCUCGUUCACUUAUGUAAUAUAGAAAUCACAAUCUUGUAUUUUUCCUGGAAAGCCUUUGUCCUUUCUUUUGAUUUUAUUUUUGUAGAUACGAAAAAAAUUGUACAUUAUUUUCUCUCACGUUUGAAUAAAUGGUGCGGUUGUUAGCUGCGAAGAAGGAAAAUUAAGUCUUGUUGCAGAUUCAUGUGUAUUGUGACAUUAAAAAUAACUUUGAAAAAAGGA